AUGAGCGCAUCAUCAAAAGCAGCAGAGCGCGAUCCUCUCCUCCCGUACGCCAGACAGUUCGGGUCCAUACGCGAGAACGAAGACGAGAACGAUGACGGGAAGAGAUUCGAGCGAAGAGGCGCCUCAUCGGACGACGUCGAAAACGGGAGAAAGAAGACGUUCUUCCUCUUCGACCACGGGGGGGCGCAUUCAUCUCGAGACGCGGGGUCGAGUAGGGCGAAAAUACACGCUUCGUUUUUAUACGUUUUACUGGCGUGCGUUUUGUUCUUCUCCGGCGCGAUGGUUGGUUCCUCCUCCUCGCCGUUGUCAAAGAUGAUUUUGAUGUCGAAGGAAGAUGGUGUCGCUUCGGCAAAAGGACAACCGCGAAAUCAACACCAUCGGCUCGGGACGAUGGCGACGAUCGAAAACGCUCCCGGUCAGAAGACUUUAUCAUCAACGUUGAUGAACAACAACAACAAUAAGAACAAGAAUAAUAAUAAUAAUAACAACAACAAGAACAAGAACAACGGCACUGCACAGUCUUCUGAUGUGGAAGACUCGUCUUCGUCUUCGGAAUCUUCGUCGGGAGGGCAGGAAGGCGCGAGCGAGGAGGACGCGUACCAGUCUCUGAUGGAGAUGUUUGGGAUUUUCGGCGGCGCGGCGCCACCGACGAGAGAGGCGAUCGAGGAACCGGAACCGAGCUUAUCGGAGGAGAAUCAAGAUUUGUUGAAAGAAGAAGAGAAUCACUAUUCGAGGAUUGGAUCGGAUUUGGGGUACUUCAGAGCGCCGUCGGUGAGGAACGAUACUUUAGUGUUCGUUUCGGAAGGGUCAAUUUGGCUUUCGCAUCUGAGAGGAGGUCCAGCGGCGAGGAUUUCGAGCAGUUAUUCGUACGAAUCGGUGCCAAAGCUCUCGCCCGACGGGAAACGAAUCGCGUUUUUAGCGGAAGCUGCGGACGGGUUCGAAGUCUUUGAGCUCCCCAUCGCCGGAGGCGUGGCGAGACAAGUCACGCACGGCGCGCAGGCGUACGGGUUGUCGCAAUGGUCCGGCGACCACGAGCUUUUGAUUUUAACGACGCAAUUUUCCGAUCUCGGAAAUCCGCAGUUGGCGAAAGUCGACGCUUUAACCGGGAAGGUUUCGGUGUUGCCGUUUGAAAAAGCGCACGGAGGCUCGAAAGAUCCCAAAGGAUGCUACUUGUUUUAUCCUUUGAGACAAUCGUCCUCGACGAAACGGUACGAAGGUGGCGAACAGGCGAGAAUUUGGAGAUGGUGCGGUGAAGGUGCCGUCGGCGCGAACGGAACCGCUUGGUCAGAGGCGAAAGAGUUGACGCCAGAAUCGUGGUCCAUGCGAGGCGCGUGGUCGCCGCAAACCACGGACAAGCUCAGCGGCAAGGUAUUUUUCAUCAGCGACAAAACCGGCGUGGCCAACUUGUGGGUGAUGAACGACGACGGCUCGAAAAAGACGCAACUGACGUUCGAGUGCGAGUUCGACGUGAUGGAGUAUGCCAUCGACGGUACUCGCAUCGUCAUGCGCGUUGGCGCGGAUUUGAAAUCAGCGACGUUGAGCGCGGCUCAAAUCGAAGGCGGCGUGAUCAUUUCCGAGGCGACGACGUUGAAGAUUAAUCUUUUAUCCGAAUUCCGCGAGGCGCAGCCCAUGUUGCUUUCCGAUCCGCUUUAUGAAAUGUCCGAACUCGCCAUCUCAGACGAUGGCAUUUACGGCGCUUUUAUCGUGAGAGGUCAGGUUUACUUUUCGCCGCUCGUCGCGCAACUCGGGACGAGAAUCGAAAAAGUUACCCAGUACGAAGGCAUGGUUCGAUACAAGCACGUGCAGUUCAUUCCAAACUCGCAUCCAAGUGAUCCAAUUAAGUUACUCGCGUUGAGCGACGCCAGUGGUGAAUACGACUACGUCGUUCUGGAAAGAGACGAGGACAACGGAGUCAGCUAUUGGUCGGAAGCGCAAGUCACGCAAGACGGGGCCAUUCAAGGAGGUUUGUCGUAUUCGCAAAUUUCUCCCGAUGGCACCUCGCUCGCUUUCGAUGAUACCAACGGCCACGUCAAGUUGGUGAAUUUCACCAACACCAUCGUCAACACGGAGGAGUUCCGAACGCCAAUUUCGCCGGAGGAUGACCCCAUCGGUGCCGGAGGACUCGGCGGCGCCGAGGACUUUUCUUCGGAAAUGCCGCUGUUGUCGCGAAUGCAGAACAGCGGCGCGGACGAGGAAGAGGUGCUCGACGCGGCGUCGAUUUUGAUCAAACGUCAACGCGUGUUGGAUAAACGCACGAAGAAGAUGCAAGCUGGUCGAAAGUUUGUCAAGGCGGACAUGCGCGCGCCAAACUUUCGAGAGACGUCGUCGUCGUCGUCGUCGUCCUCUCCGAACGUGGCGUCGCUCGGUAACCCUCAGCAGCAGCAACAGAGUGCCAACGUAAACGCAAACAAGAAGAAGGUGAACAACAACAAGCCUUCCUCGUCCGCGAAACUCUCCGCGUCUGAUAACAAUCAAGCGAACGUCCGCAACAUCGUCUCUGGUUUACAACCCGAAUCCGCGGGAGAAUACGCCUGGUCUCCAGACGGCACUUGGCUCGCCUACGUCUCUCUCUACCAAGACACUGACUUUGAAGUUAUUUAUGCUUGGAACACGAAGACGAACGAACGAGUGCGCAUCACGCCGCCGUCCUCGAACUCGAGAUCGCCGACGUUUUCCCCGGACGGUUUGUUCCUCUACUACUUCAACGACGCGCAGUUUUCCUCCGGGUCAAAUUCACCGUACGGCUCCAGAGGGUCUGAACCGGUCUACGAAGACGGAGAAAGUUUGUACUGUUUGCCUUUGAGAGAAGGUUUGGCGUGUCCGUUCUUCUCCGGCGACGAGAUGAAUGCAGCGGGCACGGUGUUUGAUCCUACUUUGGGGCAAAAAUACCCGACGAAAAUUUCGAUGAAGAACAUCGAAAAGAGAUCCGAGGUGGUUCCUUUUGUCGAUCGCGCGAGAUACGAAAGCAUGUACAUCAUCGGUAGCGGCGCUACGAUUUUGUUAAACAUGUACGAUUCCAUGGGAAGCUAUCUCAUCGCUGUCGACAUCAUGCAAGGCUACGUUACGCCAAUUUAUCCGGACGCUUACGACGUUUUGGUGUCUCGCGACUUGCAAGUUGUCGUUUUGUUCACAGAAGAAGGCGUCGCGCUCAUGUCUGCGCAGACCAUCGCGGAAACUCCGGAUCAAGAUGCGAUUCUCGCUCAAGCCUUGUUGUGGUUACCGCCGGAGACAUGGACGGUGAAACUCAACCCGAGAGAAGAGUGGAUGCAAAUGUACGACGAGGCCAUGCGCACGAUGCGAGACAACUUUUACGAUCCGAACCUCCACGGUGUCGAUUGGCCGGCUGUUACGGAACGGUAUCGUCCGUUGGUAAAAAGAUUGACCUCCAAGAAUGAGUUACGAGACGUUCUCGAGCAAGCUUUGGGAGAAUUGUCCGUCUUACACGUCUUUGUCGACGUCGAAGGCGGCGAGGCUUUUGAAAAAAUUGGCAUGGGACAGAGUUCGGCCUGCUUGGGCGCUAAAUUUGAGCAAGUUCCUCAAGGUUUGCGCAUUACGAAGAUCUACGACACCUCCGAAGUGUUGAUGGCCCCGAACUCACCUCUGUCGGCGAUGGCUGUGGAUUUGAGACCCGGCGAUAUCAUCACUCGAAUCGAUGGCGUUUUGGUCAACGCUUUGUCCGAUCCUCUCCCGAAACUUUUAAUGGGUAAAGCGUAUUCGCAAGUGCUCUUGGAAGUCAUUCGCGGCCCGAGAACGAAGGAAGAGAUGGCAGAGUUGGAAGAGUUGCAAGAAAUGAUUGAAAGCGUGCAACAAUCGAGCUCGAGUUUGGGCGUCGCUCAAUCAAACGCGCUCCGAAGGUCGUCCCUUUCGUCUUCUUCCAUGGCAUCAAAAAGGUCGCGCACAAGUACCGCCGCGGCUCCCAGUGGCGAUGGUCAACAAAAUAGCCCGAAAAGAUCCGGCGAGCAAUAUUUCAACGGCGGGACUUUGAAUGCGUUCAAUCCGUUGACGGAUAUCGCACGAUCGGCUUUGAAAUCGAAUCGAUUGGGGUCGCACUCGUCGUCGGCGAAACCCUCCAAAGACGCGGACAGUAGCAAAUCAUCAGACGGCGCUUCUAAAAGUUCUUCCUCGGGUAAGAUGGGCGAAGAAGAGGAGGAAGAACUAGUCAUGCUCGACAGAGUCGUCGUCGUUCCUCUCGACGUCGGGACGUGCUCCGCGCUUCAAAAAGCGGACGCUUUGAACAGAAGAAAAGCGAAGGUUCGCCACGACUCUAACGACACCAUCGGUUACGUCUAUCUCGAAGACAUGGUCCAAGAAGGACCGGAAACGCAUUCCAUGGAUGACUUUGCCAGUCAAUUUUAUCCGAACUUGCGAAAAGGUGGCUUGAUCAUUGACGUGAGAAGAAACCAUGGCGGGAACAUCGAUACGUGGGUGUUGGAACGCUUGAGAAGAGUGGCUUGGAUGUUUGAGUCCCACCGCAGCGGCCCGGGAGAGACGACCAUGCAAUACUCUUUCCGCGGCAAAGUCGUCGUAUUGAUCGACGAAAUGUCCUCUUCAGAUGCGGAACUUUUUGCCGCUGGUUUCCAAACCAUGAAGCUCGGUAAGGUGAUUGGCGCCAGAUCCUGGGGCGGCGCGGUCGGGUACUCUGGCAACCCGGAGUGCUCCUUAGUCGACGGCGGCUCGUUCACCAUCCCUUCGUUUGGUCCGUACCUCGGUAACGAGUGGUUAAUCGAGCAAAAAGGUGUCAUCCCGGAUAUUCCAGUAGCAAACUUACCCAUCGAAUCCUUCCACGGCACCGACAAGCAACUCGACGCCGCCAUCCGAGAAGUUUUGAAGGAAAUCAAGGCGUCGCCGGAUGUGAAAAUUCCAGAGCACCCGCAGUUUCCCGUGAGAGCGUACGACAACGCGAAGUGUUUGGCGGAUCAACAAGAGGAAGGAGCGAAGACCGAGUUGUAA